UGACAAGUUGAGAGUUGAAUGUUAUGAUUUCGUGCGUGGUUCUCUUCUCGAACAGAAUGUCGUGCAUUUAUUUUGGAAAGCAUUGAUUUAAAAAUUCAGAAUUAUCAUGUUCUCGCGUUCUAGAUUACUCUUUUCAAAAGUAGCACCACUACGGAAUGUUUUCAAGCCAGACUAUCAAAAUGAUACGCGAUUUCUUUAUAGUAUUACAGCAACAAGAAGUCGGUCAACAACUCCACUUAAUACUAUCAUUAUGUUUGUACCGCAACAAGAGGCUUGGAUAGUGGAGCGAAUGGGUAAAUUCCACCGGAUUCUCGAACCAGGCUUGAAUCUUCUAUGGCCUGUUGUGGAUAAGAUAAAAUAUGUGCAAAGUUUGAAAGAAAUUGCAAUUGAUGUUCCUAAGCAAGGGGCCAUCACAUCGGACAAUGUUACAUUGAGUAUUGAUGGAGUGCUGUAUCUGCGUAUUAUUGAUCCUUAUUUAGCUUCGUACGGUGUAGAAGAUCCAGAGUUUGCAAUUACUCAGCUUGCACAAACCACAAUGCGUUCCGAAUUAGGGCAAAUCUCAUUGGACAAAGUAUUCAGAGAGAGGGAAUCACUCAAUGUGUCAAUUGUUCAUGCUAUCAACAAGGCAAGCGAAGCGUGGGGUAUAACAUGUCUCCGUUAUGAGAUUCGUGACAUAAAACUUCCGACUCGUGUGCACGAAGCCAUGCAGAUGCAAGUGGAAGCUGAGCGCAGGAAGCGGGCGGCCAUUUUAGAGUCAGAGGGUGUGCGCGCGGCGGACAUCAAUGUUGCUGAGGGAAAAAGGCAGGCUAGGAUAUUAGCUUCAGAGGCCGAAAAACAGGAGCAAAUUAACAAGGCGUCGGGAGAGGCGCAAGCCAUGCUAGCGGUGGCGGAGGCGCGGUCGCGGGGGCUCAAGAUGAUCGCAACCGCACUCGCUCAAAAGGACAGUAAAUACGCAGCGUCGCUGACCCUCGCCGAGCAGUACGUGGCGGCGUUCAACAAGCUGGCGAGGACCAACAACACGCUCAUACUGCCCGCCAACGCGGGAGACGUCUCCAAUUUGGUAGCACAGGCCAUGUCAAUAUAUUCAACAGUGACAGCGCAUAAUGCGCAAAUGCAGACCCAACCAGAGUCGGCUGAAACCUACGAAGAUUCUUUAGUCAAGCUGAACUCACUCACAGAAAAGGGCUCCACCAUGGCGGGGCCCGCAGUACCAAGAGAAGACGACUUGGCGGAAUACUUCUCAGAUGACGAGGAAAGAGAAAAAGCUUUACAGGCACAGAAGGAGAAAAAAGAUCAGCAUUUACAUAAGUUAGAAAAGGAAACAUAGAAUUGUUAAGUAGUGUUGUUGAUAAAUAAAUUACAUAUAAUAUU